AUGGAUUUGCGACGAGUGCCCGUUGCUAAGCUUGCUACUGUGAGAAUUGUUAUUGCUCUUGCUAUUGUGAAGAAUCGGCCUCUAUGCCAAUUAGAUGUUAACAAUGCAUUUCUGCAUUGUUACUUAGAUGAAGAGGUCUAUAUGGUACCUCCUGCUGGAUAUAAGAAAGCAAGAAAGGGUCAAGUAUGUAAAUUGAAAAAGUCCAUUUAUGGACUGAAACAGGCUUCUAGACAAUGGAAUAAAGAGCUCAGUAAGCUUUUGAAGAAUCUUGGUUUUCAGCAGUCCAAACAAGACUAUUCUUUGUUUACCAUGAGCUUAGAAGGUGAGUUCCUAGUAAUCUUGCUGUAUGUGGAUGACAUGCUCAUAACUGGAACUUCUACUGCUCAGAUUGAUGGUGUUAAAAAGGCUUUAGAUAAAGCUUUUACUAUCAAAGACCUUGGUGAUUUGAAGUAUUUUCUUGGAAUUGAAAUCACUAGGAAUUCUGAUGGGACUUUCCUUUCACAAAGGAAAUAUAUCAAAGAUGUUAUUUUUUAUGCUGGGAUGGAUGAUUGUUCAGCUGGUGCUGUUCCUUUUCCCAGUUUAAAGCUUUCUACAGAACAUGGUGAGUUACUUAAGGAACCUGAUGUUUACAGAAGACUUGUUGGAAGAUUAUUAUACCUAGGAAUAACAAGACCAGAUUUAUCAUACUCUGUACAACAUGUGAGUCAGUUUAUGCACUCACCAAGGGUACUUCAUCUCAGAGCUGCUCUACAUGUUCUCAGAUAUUUGAAAGGAACAAUAAACUGUGGUUUAUGGUUUUCAGCACACUCAAGCUUAGAUUUGUCAGCUUACAGUGAUACUGAUUGGGGUGGAUGCCAGUUUAGUAGCAGAUCCUUGAGUGCAUAUACAGUUUUCCUUGGUUCUAAUUUGAAAUCAUGGAAAACUAAGAAACAGAGAAGUGGUCAGUAA